AAAACAAACGAUCUUGGCUAAAUAUUCACAAUCAUAUUCAAGUUGUUCAUUCGCGCGUUCGAGUUCAAGCCCGAGAAAAUUUGACAUAUUUUUAGUUUUUUCAGACCUAGAUCCAGAGUGUUGGAUAGCUAUGACUAUUGCUCAGUUUUGGAAUCAGCUUGCCUUAUGUAUUACUCUGGCAGUGCUGGCUUUGGCCGACUACCACGAAAACAUGUUCCUUAACGGCCAGUACCAAAAUGGCAUCAAGGAACACCCGGAGACCCACCAUUCAGUCAACCCCUCGUCGAACGUCUUUCUUAACCACGCAAUCAUCAGUAGGCAAGCGUCGCCAUUUCAAGGACCCACCUAUCUGCCGCCCAAGGAGAACCUAAAGUGCGCCGCCGGCCAGCAGUGCGUACGUCAGAGUCAGUGCCUGGACGGAAUCUUCUCUCAAAAGUUGCCUAGGAUACAAAACUGCGACCCGGAUACCGACGUCUGCUGCACCUACCAGGUGUCGCUCACAACCACAACCACUCCUGUGCCGUUUGAAUCUUGUCCUCGCGAUUCGGACUGUGUGGCCCCGGAAAACUGUCGUAAUGGUGAAAUAAGUGCUAUCAACUACGUAAAAAAACAAGGGUCCAAUCGUUGCUCUUCGCCCGAUGUCUGCUGCCGCAUGCCCUCGACUACGCUAACCGAAGACGGGUAUAUCUUCAAUCUGCCGGACAAGACCUUUGUGCUGCCAACGAACCCUACAGUACCGGCCAUACGCACUACCCAGCCAGCGUACAACCCGCAGCCCACGACGGUGGUGUUAGCUCCCCGACCCACUAACGAGUAUCUACCGCCCCCAACCACUCGACGUCCCAGCUAUGAGCCGGUCCCGACGACCAGACGUCCGGUUUACCAGCCGCCUGCAACAGCCACCCAGUUGCCCCGCAGCUCGCCGACCAAAUCGACCCAAUCCAAGCCACGUCCCCAGCCGACGCGCCGACCCGGCAACGAGUACCUCCCGCCUGUGUCAGCCAACGAGAUUCCACGCUUCGAACCUGACCGCGUGCCGCAAUCCUCGAACGAGAAGCCGAUCUACCGCGGGGAGGACCAGUUGUCGCCCCAAAUUUUUCCCAUGGUCCAGUCAGCGAGUACGCCAAAACACUUCGCUAAGUGCGCCUCAGCUCUCGUGUGUUCCUCCGAGAGCUUCUGUAACGCCAUCGGAGUGCUUACCGAUACCCCCGUUGAGCUGAGCCCCUUGGAGGCGGCAUUUCGAGUGCCCCUCACCGACUGCCUGCAGGCGGAAAAUGGCACUCCCGGCAAGUGCUGCCGUGACCCAAACUACGUGGACCCCUGGCCGGUCAACUUGGCCGGAGUUUGCGCAACAAGGAACAAACGAACGAAGCCCACAGGAAUCAAAGAUCUGGACGCCAACUUUGCCGAGAUCCCCUGGCAGGCUAUGAUCCUGCGCGAAUCGAGCAAGACGCUUUUAUGCGGCGGGGCCAUUAUUGGAGACGAGUUCGUGCUAACCUCCGCCAAAUGCGUAAACGGUCUUCCUGUGAGCGACAUACGCAUUAAAGCAGGCGAGUGGGAACUGGGCAGCACAAACGAGCCCUUGCCUUUCCAGCUGACUGGCGCCAAGUCCAUCGACGUCCAUCCCGCAUUCGAUUCCUCGACUAAUGCCCACGACUUAGCCAUAAUUCGGCUUGAGAGGCGCUUGGAGUUCGCUACCCACAUCCAACCCAUUUGCAUCAGCGACGAAGACCCAAAGGCGACCGAGCAGUGCAUCACUACCGGCUGGGGAAAGCAGGCCUUAUCAAUUCAUGAAGAGGGCGCUCUAAUGCACGUGACGGACACUUCGACGUUGGACCGGAGCGAUUGCGGUUCCGACGCCAGUAGUGUGUGCAGCGCCACUAAGUUCGACGCCUGCCAGUUCGAUGUGGGCAGCGCCCUUGUCUGCGGCACCGGCUCCAACGUCCGCCUCAAGGGAAUCUACGUCGGCGAGAACUCCUGCGGAGUCGGGCAGGCAGUCCGCUUUGCCAAACCGGACAUAAAGUGGAUAAACACGGCGUUUGCCGACAGAAACAAGCCUCUCUUACUAAAUCGGUUUUAAACUGGACUCUGACUCGGGUUAGGACCAGGAAGGCAAAAGAUACGAACGACAAAGGAUCGGCACUCGAGCUUGCGUAACUGAGCUGAACUACUACAAAAAUUUACCCCAUCACCAUAAGCAGCCUGAGUAUAUACGCCGUAGACCCAGUUUUCACCCUUUACGUUCUGUCGAAUUACAUAGAUCGAAUUCAUAGAUCAUACAUGCCGUUAACAUGUAUUGCGAUAUGUAAAAUACUUAUUUUAAGCUAUAUAUUCAACAAAUAAUUUUGGAGAUAUCAACUUACCGCAGUUCAAUCACAGUUAUAUUGAGAUUAUAUAAAUAUUUCAUUACGAAGAGUAAGUCUAAGGAUGUGCACUUUCUAGCGUAGGCACCACCUGUCAACCGCACAACCACAUUUAUACAUCAUAUAUAAACUGUUAUUUAAAGCCUUUCCUAUAUCGUUCACUGAAUAUGUUAAUAUGCCUAAAAGUUGUAUAAAUUGUCUACGUGUCUAAAUUUAGUUAAUAAUUUAAUUACUAAAUAAAGAAAAACGAUUAAGAUAAA